AUGGCCGUCACCGAAUACAAGUACCUCACCCCCGAGCAGCGCGAGCACUUCCUCCAGCACGGAUGGAUCAAGAUCCCGAAGGCGGUCAAGGAGGAGUACCUCCGGGCGUUCACUGAGAACGUCUGGGUUCGUCUGGGCUACAACCCGGAGGACAAGGCGACCUGGACGAAGGAGAAGGCCAGCUUACGAGCGAUCCACAUGCCACGGCACCGCGAGAUCCCGACCGGGGAGUUCAUGCCCAAGGCGUGGGGCGCGAUGUGUGAGCUUCUGGGCGGGGAGGACAAGAUCGACCCCACGCUCUUCGAGAGCUGUGGUGAUAGCCUGAUCGUAAACCUGGGCUCGGAUGAAUGGGUCGACAAAGAGAUACAGCCAAAGGAUCUAGGAAAUUGGCACAUAGACGGAGACUGGUUUACACACUUCCUCGACUCUGGGGAGCAGGGUCUAACGGUCAUCGUGCUCUUCAACGACAUCGUCCCGCGAGCGGGUGGAACGUAUAUCGCUCCGGACGGGAUCAAGAACGUCGUGCAAUGGCUGUACGAACAUCCUGAGAGCGUGAACCAGAUAACGCAGGACCCGGACGGGAGCCGUUCUAUCUGCUCGAUCCAGUCAUGCAGUCAAUUUAUCGAACUCACUGGCGAGGCCGGCGACGUGAUCCUCCUGCACCCCUUCAUGCCGCACUCUGCGUCGAAGAACCACCUGCGCAUUCCGCGCUUCAUCACAAACCCGCCCGUUACCCUCAAAGAGCCACUCAACCUCAAUCGCGCGAACCCGGAGGAAUACUCGCUCGUCGAGCUGAAGAUCCUGCGAGAGCUCGGGGUGGAGAGCCUGCCCGACUGGAAGAUCGCGGCGCCACGAAGGCGGUUCGUACCAUGGACCCGCGCCGGGAAAGACGCGACAAUCAUAGAGGAGGUCGAGCGCAUGAAGGCACACGCGCUCAAGACCGGCGGGACUGUCGACAGCAUUCACAUCAAUGGGCCUGUCCCUUACCAGGUCGUCGUCGCGACCUGA